CACAACAACAAAUUGUUUCUUCCUCUUCGGCCAGAUUAUUCUCCGUGUUCUGUAAUUUCCGAUAGAUUUGACAACUCUAUUUGUUGUUUCCUUUAGAUUUAUAUAUAUUUUUAUCUGCCUUUUUUGUUUUUUUUGGUUCUGUUCUAUUCGUUUCCUUUUUGUUACCUUGUUUUUGGUUUUAUUGAUCUCAAAUCCUGCUCUACUAUACUAUCUUCAAUUCGAUUCUUCAUCGGGCUCUCUCUAUACGAACGAGAACAAUACACAAAUUGGAUCGUUACUGGAGGUUGAUGUUAUAGCAUGAAUCAAGGAGGGAACACUCAGGCUGUAGCACCGAUGGAUCCUAGUUCCAUUGAGAAUCGAUAUGGUGUUGAUGGAAACCAAGCGCAUAAAUAUUCGUAUCAGUACUCAACUGGGUCUGACAGUGCCCCAUGGACAGCACAUUCUGUUGAACAUCAGGCUGUAGAUAAUGGAAACUAUUCAAAUUCAAACUAUUACCAUCCACAGCCAACGGGGCCUGCCACAGGCAAUGUGCAAGAAAUACCGAAUACUGCGUCUUUCACUAGCUCAUCGACGUCUGGAACUGCAAGUGUGGCACAAGAUUAUAGUGGAUAUACGCCAUACCAGACCUCUUCUGACCCACACAACUAUGCAAACACGGGAUAUUCCAAUUACUACAGUGGCUAUCAACAGCAACCUAGCCAGUCAUAUCCUCAGCCCGUAGGGGCGUAUCAAAACACAGGUGCUCCUCAGCCUCUUUCCUCAUUUCAGAAUCCAGGAUCUUAUGCUGGGACUGCAAGUUAUUCAGGAACUUACUACAAUCCUGCUGAUUAUCAGACUGCUGGAGGUUACCAAAGUACAAACUAUAACAACCAAACGGCCGGAAGUUACCCAAGUACUAAUUACAGCAGUCAGACUCUUGCGUCAAAUUACAGCAAUCAGACUCCUGCUUCAAAUUACAGCAAUCAGACUCCUGCUUCAAAUUACAGCAAUCAGGCUCCUGCGUCAAAUUAUAGCAAUCAGACUCCUGGUUCAAAUUACAGCAAUCAGACUCCUGUGUCAAAUUACAGCAAUCAGACUCCUGCGUCAAAUUACAGCAAUCAGGCUCCUGCUUCGAAUCAGGGAAACUACACCUCAAACCCUUAUCAAAAUUAUACUCCUGACGCUGCUAACACUCAUAGCUCUACUAUUGCAACCACAACACCUGUACAUCAUCAACAGAACUACCAACAAUGGUCAGAAUAUUACAGCCAAACAGAAGUACCCUGUGCCCCGGGAACAGAAAAGUUGUCUGCUACAAGUUCAUAUAGUCAGACCUUUCCAGUUCCAGGUGUUACCAAUGAAAUUCCUGCUUCAAAUAGUCAGCCUGCUCCGUCUUAUGUCCAACAUUGGAGGCAGGAAGCUGACUCAUCCCAACCACCUUCUCAGCAGCCUGGUGCAGCUGCUAGUAACUCUAAUGAUACCUACUGGAUGCAUCAAUCACCAAGUCUGCAAACUCAUCAUCCUGUUCCUCCUCAAAAUCAAUACCAGAGUCCUCUGGAGAUGAAACCCUUAUAUGAGACCCCUUUUCAGGGUCAUCAGAGAGCUACAUAUCCUCAAGAACUGAACUCCCAGUCUUCCUUUCAUCAGGCACCAUUAGGCUAUCGCCAGCCUACUCAGAUAACACCGUCAGUAGAUACACAAAGGGUAAGCAAAGUACAGAUUCCAACUAACCCUAGAAUUGCUUCAAACUUGCCAUCAGGUUUUACCAAAAUGGAUAAAGAUAGUUCAAUGGGCGGUGCAGCCCACACACCUGCAUAUGUUAGUGUUUCAAUGCCAAAGUCGAAAGACCAUACCACUGCUAUGCCUGAGCCUAGAAACUUCCCGAAAUCGCUUCGUGGGUUUGUUGAGAGGGCACUUGCUCGCUGCAAAGAUGAUAAAGAAAAGGCAUCUUGCCAGGCUGCUCUGAAGGAGAUCAUCACCAAAGCGAAGGCUGAUGAUACUCUUUAUACUCGGGAUUGGGAUACUGAGCCUCUUUCAACUGUCCUGAACACAAAUGUGACUAACACUGAGUCGAGCUCCACUCUUGUAUCUUCGUUACAAAACAAGAGCCCAACAAGACGACCCAAAAGUAGAUGGGAGCCGUUACUGGAAGAAAAACCGUUUGUCAAGCCAGCUUCAACUUUUAGCAGUGCUGUUAAAUUUGGAGCUUGGAAUCGCCAAAAUGAAAAUAAUAAUAAGAAUUCGGAGAUGUUUCAAAAGGUGGAUGCUGCCACUGGCUUCAAGCCCACUUAUUCUGGGCAAAAUUCUGCAAAAAAAAGUUUCCAACGGCCUAUCAAGCGACAGCGGUUUUCUGGUGGUGCAGCUACGACCAUUGAUGAUGAGGCAUCUAGUGAUAGCGACAAGGAUUUGACACCUUACUAUUCCAGUGCAAUGACACUUGCUAGUUCUGUCGAGGAAAAGAAGCGCCGUGAUAGUCGUUCCAAGCGUUUUGAAAGAGUUCAAGGGCACAGCCGAGGGGCUGAUCUUCCGAAGCCUAAGAAUGCAAAUGUUGGAAAUUUGCAUUCUAGAAGAGCCACUGCCUUGAGGCUUAGCAAAAAUUUCGAUGAAAAUGGCAGCAGAGCUGUGGAAGACAUUGACUGGGAUGCAUUAACAGUUAAAGGAACUUGCCAGGAAAUUGAGAAACGUUAUCUCCGUCUUACCUCUGCACCAGAUCCUGCCACUGUAAGACCAGAGGAUGUGCUGGAAAAAGCUCUCUUAAUGGUUCAGGAUUCUCAAAAGAGUUAUCUUUAUAAAUGCGAUCAGCUAAAGUCUAUUCGACAAGAUCUCACUGUACAGCGGAUACACAAUCAUUUAACAGCUAAGGUUUAUGAAACACAUGCUAGAUUGGCUUUGGAGGCUGGGGAUUUACCCGAGUAUAAUCAGUGUCUGUCGCAGUUAAAAACUCUUUAUGCCGAAGGUAUAGAAGGAUGCUCUCUAGAGUUUGCUGCAUACAGUCUACUCUAUAUUACCCUACACUCUAACAACAACCGUGAACUGCUAUCAUCUAUGUCCAGAUUAUCCGAAGAAGCUAAGAAUGAUGAAGCAGUUAGACAUGCUCUUUCAGUUCGUGCAGCUGUCACAUCAGGAAAUUAUGUUAUGUUCUUCAGACUCUACAAGACUGCACCAAACAUGAAUAGUUGCCUCAUGGAUCUCUAUGUGGAGAAGAUGCGUUACAAAGCUGUGACUUUUAUGUCUCGGAGUUGUCGUCCUACAAUCCCAGUUUCAUACAUAGUCCAAGUGUUAGGUUUUACUGGUGCUGCAGCAAGCGAAAGUGCUGAUGAAAAGGAGACUAAUGGUUCGGAGGAGUGUUUAGAAUGGCUAAAAACCCAUGGUGCUAACCUCAUUACUGACAGUAACGGAGAUAUACUUCUUGAUACUAAGGCGUCAUCAACGAGUCUCUUCAUGCCAGAACCUGAAGACGCAGUUGCUCAUGGAGAUCGAAAUCUAGAUGUCAAUGAUUUUUUUACACGUACAUGAUGAAAAAGAUUAAUGUUUGUUGUAGUCUGAUGGGUAAAAAAGAAGCAAUAAUGCUAAAAUGAAGUUCAUCAUACCUUUUGAUCCUAAGGGGAGACCAAUGAAGAUAAUUCCAAGGCUCUCUGGCUGCAUCAUCGUCGUCUUCUGCCACACACACAAUUUCAGGUAUGACACUUAGGUUUAUAAUACUUCAUAGUUGUAGUAGGAAACGUUUGGAAGUGAAGCCAAAUGUGUUUGUAAUUCGUUUUUGUGAAUAUGGAAGUCCCUAUUCUUUCUAUAAACUUUUGAGACAAGGGAAUCCAAGAAACAUACCUUUAUAUAUAUAUGAAAAAAACCAUUUUUCA